CAACAGCGAUGUGUUGAUGCGCGCGAGUCGCUUCUCCACCUUGGCGCUGAAUUUGACUUUUUGUUUUCAACCGUUGAUAAGUUGAUGAUUAGAGAUGGAAGCGUUAACAUCGAGGGAGGACUCUGAAAACCGGAUCACCAUUGGUGGUAAACGAAAAUCUUCGAGCCGCCGAUCUUCGAUUUUGAAGGCCACAAAAUCUCCAUUAAAAGCUGGUGUUUUAGAGGAUUUGGAUCCUAAUUCAUUGGAUGAUAAUGGAAGAAACACAUCCAAAAAGUCUAGGAGAUCCUCUGGAAGGAGAGUUAGCUUUGCAGAGAAGAACGACAUCAAAGAAUUUUUUGUAGAAGACUGGAAGAAUUCAUGGCCCAAGGAUCAAGAAAAUAGUGAUCUUUUGGAGUUAAGCACUUCUUCUCAAGGUGAAUACCGGGAACCAGCUAAUUCCAUUGAAGGUCUCGAAUCCUUGUUAAAGGGCAAUAUUCAAGCACCAGAUGAUUUCAGUGUUUGCCAAGUGGAAAUUGAGGAGAUCCCGGAACCUGUAACUCUAAAGCCAAGUGAACAGGCAGAGGAAAUGGAGUAUACCACAUGCUACAGUUCAGUUUUGCCAAACAGUGCUACAAACAUGGAGAAUACAAAGAUUUUCAGCCAUGAUUCAGCCAUUGAUCUUGAUAUAACAUGCUCACAAAAAGAAUUAUUUUACCAGGAUGGUUUGAAUAACCAGGUUAUGUCACCUGCUGGUUUUCAGGAAAAUGACAGAAUGGACAGCACAUCUUUCCUCUUGUCAUUAGGAUCAAAGCAUGCACAUACUCAAGGAAUUAAAGUAAAGCAUGACACUGCAAUUUCGGCAACGAGAAGUAAUGACAGCAUUUCCAGCAGGAGGCAGCCUAUAGCUGAGAUCAGAUCUGAGCAGGGUGGUUAUGACAGUCAGAGUGGAUCCCAGCAAAGUCCAUGUUCAAAUGCAGAUGUAGAGCUCACAGCUUGUCACAGCUUUGCUGUUCUGGAGAGCAAUUCGCAGAAAACCAAACGGAGAAGCGUUUAUGAACCUGCCGACCUUGAGCUUACAUCGUGUUACGGCCAAGGACUGGCAAAAUCAUCAGACAAUCAGGAGGUUGGUGUGCAAAAGAGACAGGCAUUGGGGGUUAGAGCAGAUCUAAAUGCUUUUGGAAAUAGUUUCGAGACAAAUUUACCAGACAAGGCACAGCCUGUAUGUGAAACCCAGCUCAAUAUAACAAACUGUUCCAGAGAUAGUAUGACAUCAGGCAAGAAGACACUACUGUCGUUUGAUAAUCAAACAAAUAUGGAGGAAGUACAUGAUGAUGUCACAACAAAGGACUCCACAAAUGACUUUUCCUUUGAUAGCACAGUCUUUUUGAGGUCCCUUGGUGCAAGAAAAAGCCCUAUUGCUUCAGUUGAUACAGACAACAGAAAUUUAGAAAGAAAUCAAAAUGAAAAUCAAUCACCAGGAAGCACUGGUCACCUGGAGAUGACACGCUGUUAUGGUACAGGAAUUUUGCAAAACACGAGGUUACCAGUGUUGAUCACAGGUAGCAACCAUACACUGGUUUUUAGUUCUGAUACCGAUCGCACCGAUUCCCUAGACCUGACUGUUUGUCAGACACAAAAACAACAGGCUGCUUCUGCUCCAUUUCCGUCUCUUUUGCAACAAAAUUCUCAAAAUGAGCAAAACUCGCCAAACAGAUCUUCAAGUAAAAUGAAUUCUUCAGUUUUCUUAAGAGUGCUUGGUGAAGUGAUGCCAUCUGUUGGAGACACAAAUGAAGAAGAAUGUGAUCUAGAGCUCACUACUUGCCACAGUCAACCAGUACUGGAAAACAGUGCACAGAACACAAGUCGGAGCAGUGUUACUGAGCUUUCAGACUUGGAUGUCACUUCAUGUCAUGGCCCAGGGCUUCUACAAUCUGUAGACAACUGUGAUAGAUUAGAUGCGAAUAAAAGGAAAGCAAACCAGCUUUGUCAGUCUGCUGAUGUAGAUGUCACAGUUUGCCAUGGUCCAGGGUUGCUGAAGGCAUCUGGUGAAAAGGUGGAGGAGAAAGAAAGUGAAAAUCAGCUAUCUGUAGACAGUGCUUCACAGGAAGUGAAGAGAAGAAGCCCAUUUGAAGCUGCCAAUUACAUGACAUCCCACAGCAGUCCAGAACUGCUCAAGUCAUCUGGCAAAAACUUUGAUGAAAGUGUAAGGUUUGACCAGUCUGGUGGAGACAGGAGUCAUCAGAUGGUUAACAGAAAAAGUCUUUACGAACCUGUUGAUGUAGAUGUAACAUCUUGCUAUGGGGCUGGGCUGCUGAAGACAUCAGAUGAGAAAUUGGAGGGUUUAGCUCCUCAUGAUCAGUCUAUUGUGGACAAUAGUUCACGCAAAAUUAGCAGAAAAGGUGUCUAUGAGCCUGCUGAUGUAGAUGUAACAUCCUGUUAUGGAGCUGGGCUGCUAAAGGCAACAGAUGAAAAACUGGAUGCAAUUGCUCCCUAUAUUCAGGCUGUUGAAGACAGUUGUUCGCGCAAAAGAAGCAGAAGAAGCAUUUACGAACCUGCUGAUGUAGAUGUGACACUCUGCUUUGGAGCUGGGCUGCUGAAGACAACAGGUGAACGCGUGGAUACAUUGGCUCCUUAUAAUCAGCCUGUUGUAGGUAAAAGUUGUCAGAAAACAGACAGAAGAAGCAUCUACGAACCAGAAGACAUUGAUAUUACAUCUUGCUAUGAUGCAGGGCGGCUGAAGUCAAAUAGUGAAAAACUGGAUGCGGGGGCUUCUGAAAAUCAGCAAGUUGCAGACAACAGUUUGCAGAGAAACAAAAGAAAAAGUAUCUAUGAACCUACCGACAUAGAUGUAACAUCUUGCUUUGGUCAGGGAGUGGUUCAGUCAUCCAGCGCUACAGUCAGUUACAAUCAGCUGCUUGUAGGGAGUAGUUCGCACGGAAUCAAACAAAGAAGCCACUACGAGCCUGUUGAUGUGGACAUGACAUCUUGCCAUGGUUCAGGAAUGUUAAAGAACUCUGGAGAAAUUUUAAGAGGAAAUUUCUGUGAAAGUAAAUCAGCUCAGGGCACCAGAGCACUUCAACAGAAGAGAAGAAGCCUUUAUGAGCCUACUGAUGUAGAUGUAACAUCUUGCCAUGGCUCAGGAAUGGUUAUCGCGUGUAAAGGAGCUUCGGAGAUAGUAGAGUUACAACAUCAGUCAGCUCCAGACAUGGAUGGGCCUAAACUUAACCGAAAAAGCCUCCACGAGCCUCUUGACAUUGAUUCCACCUCCUGUUAUGAUCAAGGAAAGGCUCUGGCUUCGGAAGAAGAUUUGGAGGUAUCAUUCUUCCAUCAACAACCCUUGCUAAAUAAUACUCUACACAAAUCUAACAGAAGAGGUAUCCAUGAAACUAAAGACAUGGACAUAAUUUCUUGCUAUGAUCCAGGAAUGGCCCAGUCACCUGACGGAAAUGUAGAGACCAUUAUUUGCCAACCUGUUCUAGAUGAUAGUAUGCAGAUGACAAACCAACAAAACCUGCACAAGACAGGAGACGUGAAUGUGACUAGAUGCCAAGAUUCAGAGCCAGUCCACACUCUUGAUAGUCAAGGUGUACACCUUACCGUCAGCAAAGAGCAACUGGACUUAGCGAAAAGUCCACAAGAUACUUUCACCGGAGUUAAAGACAUUGCCGAUGCAGUGGUGGAGAAAGAAAGAGAUUUAAAUCGCAGCAAGGGGGAAACAUCUCAGACUUCAAGAGUUUCUCCCAUUCCAAAAGAAUCCGCCCUCUCUUCGCAACAGAUGGCAUUAAAGGCUAAUUGUGGUGUGAGUGAUUCAACUCCUGACAGGAAGCUGUCUGUCAUUUGUGAGGAAUCUCUGAGUGAACUCAGUAAAAAGGGAAUGAGUGUAGAGGAGGACGCUGAUGUCACAGAGAUGGAGAAGAUGCAACAUUCACGAAGUGCCAUUACCCUGAAGGAGUUCCUUGAUAUUAUAGAAAUCGCUUUUAUUACAGAGGUCAACAUGCGCCGCAGUGUUGUACCAUCUGCUGUGGUUGAGGCUCCUCAAACUCUCAAAGACAGGAUGAUAUCAACUCUAGUAUCAAAACCAAAGGCUGUUUGCUACGAGGAGGCAAUUCCAGUCGUAGAAUCGGAGAUCACAGCUAUGAAAGGAAAAGUUGAACAGCAAGAGAUGGAGUUGAAUGUGUCCAACCCCAGAAUAUUUAUGGAAGUACAAACCGCAAGCAAAGAGGAGUUGUUAGCCCUGCAAAGUAAAGUUCGUCGCCUGCGUUCUGUGUGCGAAAAAACUUCCAAACGAGAGUGGAAAGAGAACAAAGGCCAGCUGAACAAAAAAGUACUAUUAAAAAUGACGACGAAUCACGCGGCUCUUGCAAAAGACGUGCUCGUUGUGGAAGAGUCCGUUAAUAUGGUUGAUGAUUGUCUCAGUUUACUUGACAAAAUGAACAGAGACUUUGAUGAAAAAAUGAAAAACAUUCACGUGUCACUCACAGAAAGCGAAAAGGAAAUUCAGAGACAAACAAACAUGGUUGAAGAAUUGGCGACUAUGUCAGAGGCACUGAGAAAGAGCGAAGAAGAACUCGCUGGUCUGGAAAGUACAAGGUCUAAGCUACAGAGCGAGAAACACGAGCUGGCAAAGAACAAGGACCAACUUGAUGGAAAGAUACUCGAGACGGAGGAAACUAUUCGCUUGGUGAAACGAAAGGACCCAAGGAGCAACAAACCAAUAAGAGAAUUGUCGCAGAAAUUAGAUAUCCUCGUGAGUUUGCAGGAAUGGUCCUUAGAGGAGUGGAAUAAAGAGCGUGCUAAAUUUGCGUUCUUGAACAACACGUUGGAAAUUGUCGUGGUAUUUGCUCCAGAAACCACAGAAGGUGUAUUUCAUCAUCAGGAUGUUAGGAGUGUUAAACUGAAUUUCACUACAGCAGAUACUUUUAGUGGAAGAAUGGGAAAAGUCCAAACUAUUGUGAAAAAAUUGGUAAAUGAGGACAUUCUCAACCAGAUGUACUCUUCAAGGAAGGAUUUAGCCAAGGUCUUGGAGCACGUGUCAGGGAUAAUUCAUAAGUCGAACGAGAUAGGAGAUGAGCUUUUCAGAAUUGGUCUGUCACAUCUUAUGUCAUUUGAAGAGGAUAGACUUAUUGUGGAGUUCUCAAGUUUGAAGGCGUUUGUGAAGUUUGUGUUGCAUAUACAAGUUGGGCUACCUUCUUAUCCAAACUGUGUAUCACUUACUGCAUUACCAAAAAUUGGACACCUGAGUCAAACAGAAAUUGAAGAAACCUUGAAUGCUGUCAGCGCUGGUCCACGAUAUCUGAGCAGAGUGGUGGAUGCCGCUGAUCAACUUCUGAGCACAAUCAAACCUGCUACGUCGUCAUAACCUUUCCACAGCUUGUGUGGGGAAUUAGUGUAGAUUGUAGAUUGUAGAUACAUUUAUCGGAAAUUUAGCAUUUUUUUAAAUUUCAUCCACCGCUACAUUAAUUUAUUCAUGAUGUUUUUCAAUAGAAAAAAAUAGAGAUGUAAUAAUACUUGUUAUACGUAUUCAGCUCGUGAGGGUGAAAGGAUUGAGAAGAGUUAAGGAUCUCACGUGAAGUAAAGCCUUUAAGCCGGAGAAAAAUGUGUCUGGGUAGGGGGAGGUCAUCACGGGCGUGUUUGAGCUGUCCAAACUAAAACUGCGCUGGAUGCUUUUUGCAAUCAUUGACUGGUAAAUUUUGAUCUUGGCUGUUUCAAUGGAGCUCUCAGAAGCGAGAUUUUGUUGUGAAUUGAUAGCUUAGGGGCUUGUAACUUAAGUGCAUGUAGUCUUCAAAUGCAAUAAUAUUUGUCAUAUAAUAUGUGGAAUUAUACAUGGAUUUGAAGGAAGA